GCAGCCAGGAAGCUGCAUCCUAGAUCUGUUUCAACAUCUUCAUCCUUCGCCUUCGACGAUGUCCUCCAAAUUCGAAAAAGCUGUCGCGUACGUCCAAGGUCUGGACAAGCAGGGGUCAGGCCCGGAUUCUAGCACCAAGUUAGAGUUUUAUAAAUUCUACAAGCAAGCUACUGUGGGAGAUGCAGACCCGGCGAAGGAACCUUCUAAAUUCCAUUUCGUCGAGCGUGCUAAAUGGUCUGCUUGGAACGGUAUCAAGGGAACGACGAAGCAGGUGGCGGAGGAAAGCUAUGUGAAACAGCUUAUCAAAUACCUUGAGGAGAAGCACCCCGAAGAACCCAUCCUCAAGGAGCUCGAGGGCUAAGCUCUGUACUCGCUGUGCGACCCUGUGGAUGGUAGCAUACCCGUGUUUUGUAAUUCAGCCAAGAAUCGAUGAAGCUGGCAGUUCACCCGAACAUAUAGGAGUUUCUCUCCAAACAAGCAACCCCAAAAGAGAUUGGAAGACCCAUCAGAAAAGCGCUGAGAACGUGUUGGUAUGUAGGUGCC